AUGGAAACGAGACAGAAAAUUUCAGUGGAAAACCACCAACUCCUCGAGACUCUGAAAUUGAUCGAGAGGAGGCCACGAUGGACCUCCAAGCUGUCAAUUGGGAACACCAUGGACCUGGAUCAUGGCUGUCUAUCUGCUCUAGUCCUGGCUUACAAUGGGUCUGUCAUUUUCGGCGCUGUCUUUCGUCCUGAUUUUGAAACACGCCUUCGUGCCCAUCUACAGGAUCCCAACCAACAUGAUGAAGACGUCGCCUGGUACGCUCUACGCAAUGCCGUGUAUGCAGUUGGAUGCCGCACUGCGGGGUCGAUGGAUGGGUCUAGAAAUUUUUCAGAAGUCCAGCAAGAGUCUUUACGAUUCUUUCACAAUGCCUUCUUUGUCUUAUCGGAUCUAUUAUUCAUGCCAAGUGGUCUUAUGGCAGUCCAAGCGUUGCUUGCAAUGACUUCGUUUGCGGAGCUUCUAGGAAGCCCGGCCGUCGAAUAUAUGCUCUGUGCUUCUGCUGCUCGACUUGCGCAAUCCAAAGGACUUCACCGACAUCCAUCGAGGCUAUGGAAGCUUCCGAACCUGGAGAUACUACAAAGAAGCUGGGUAUUCUGGGCUGUGUAUUGCUACGAAAACUACAUCGCCUUGCGAUCUGGUCGUCCAUCAAUAUUCGAUGAUGCCGAUAUUAGCUGCGAAAUACCCAGCUCUGUUCCCGAAGGCAGCACGCUGGAUAUUGACGUUUUCUCGGCUGUUAUAGCGCAUGCUCGGAUUUGCUCAGAGAUAAUCAAAAAUCUCUGUUCCGUCAAAGCAUUAAGCCAGCGUCCAGAAGCAUUAUUCCAGAUUAUGAGAAAUCUGGAGGAGAGACUGGAAGAGUGGCGAAAACUACUCCCGGAUCAUCUUACGUUUGAGCAUCAUAACGAUUCCGCUCCUUCAAGAUAUCAUUAG